GAAGUCGAACGGCACGGGAACGUGAUUCUUCUUAACAGUGGCCUAGUUUCGUUUAAGGACCCUUCAUUCCUUAUCGUAUUGACCACAGCUGCAUAGACCUAACUGACCACGGCUGUAAACCAAAACAGAUCUAUGAAGCUGGUGAUUUCAGAAAAAACAGAGGAAAAAUCUGAAGAGGAACAAAAUUAAUUUUAAAAAAUCCUGGAAAAUUAUGAAAUUUAGUCGAAAAUUGUUAUCAAAAUGUGAAAGUAGAAAAAAAAGUAUUGUAUUAACCAACAAAGCAAAGGUAUGAAGGAAUGAGUUCGUCGGGAACUUUGACUCAAUCACAGUUGACAAACAUUAGGUCAACCAUGCCGAUUUCGUUCGACACAGCGCAAUCUCAGUUGACGGAGCCUUUAAAGACCGAUUCAAUAUGUUACCAAGAUUUUCAGGAAGAAAAACAACGAGAGCACGAACAGCAAGAAUGCCUGUCCCAGGUCACUUCGCCAGGGAACAUAUCUGUGACUUCUUCACCUGCUCUACCUAUAGAAUCUGCUACUGUGAAUCAUAGUAGUGAAAAAGGUGUGGUAAGCGUGGAUGACGUGUCUUUUGGAGAAGAUACAGACGAAAAUUCUAUCAGUAACGACUCGAACGAACUAAAUUAUGGCGAGAACAAGUAUUCAAACCCACUGGCUCAAUUACACAAUGUGUUAGAGAAGAAUGGAGUACCUAACUCAAAGCUAGGUUUCUCUGUGAUUAAUUCCACAUCAACAAAAUAUUCAACACCUGUCAACAAUAGCGAGGGUGGGAUCAUUUCCAAUACAUUACCUUCCAUGAGAGAAGAUGACGUCACAGGAGAAGUUUACCGAUGUCAUCUGUGUAGUUAUUCUGGGACGUCUACAUUUCAUUUUAACUGUCAUAUGAACAGUCAUUUCAACCACAAAUGUCCGUUCUGUGAUUAUAUUGCUAAGACAGAGGGCCGGCUCAAACGUCACGUGAAAGAUUUUCACUCAGAAGUUCACCCUGAUAGCUGGAAUGGGCAGCGAGUCCCCAGGAAAAAAGAAACUCACUGCGAUACACUUUCAAGGACAUCAAAUGGAAAACUCCGCCACUACCGCUGCAAACAGUGCGAAUACAUUUCUGUUAAGAAGACUGACUUCUGGGAACACUGCAAGACGCAUAUCAAAACGGAAAAGCUUCUGACCUGUCCCAAGUGUCCUUUUGUAACUGAGUACAAACACCAUCUAGAGUAUCACCUUCGGAACCAUUUCGGCUCCAAACCUUUCAAGUGCCCAAACUGUAACUACAGUUGUGUGAACAAGUCGAUGCUGAGCAGUCACAUGAAAUCUCACUCCAACAUCUAUCAAUAUAGAUGUGCCGAUUGUUCUUAUGCCUCCAAGUACUGUCACAGCCUAAAGCUACAUCUGCGAAAAUACUCCCACAAGCCAGCCACAAUUCUAAAUCGUGAUGGAACGCCAAAUCCCUUCCCAAUUAUUGAUGUCUAUGGGAGAAAACGAGGUCCAAGACCAAAGAAACAGAAAAUAGAAGAACAUCAUUAUCCGUCGCUGAACCAGAGUCCAAAUACAUCUGUGACUCAAAUGACUCCGAGAAAACCACCACCAGCCACUUACCCCCCCAUGCCCACACUCAUACCUUCUCCCACGAGGUUUCCAUUUGCAUAUCCUCCUCAUGCUACUAACGGCCUUCACAGAAACAUGUUUUUACUCCAGCCAUUAGUUCAGAAAGCAGUACAACCUCCUAAUGGAUUAUUUUCAGAUUCAACUCCAGUAAACACAAUAGAUGUUCAAAGGUCUCUUUCUCCUAAAAUAAAUCCUGUAAGACAAAAAUGUAAUAUUUGUGAUUUUACUACAGAAAUCAAAGAUGUAUUUAGCAAACACAUGCUAGUGCACGUGGCUUCAGAUAACCAAGAUCUUUGCAAGCUUUAUGGCAUUACAUCAGAGAGUCUGUUACAAAUACAAGAUCCAAUACCAGUUAAUGGAAGACAAGACUUAAAAGAGAACUUUGUUGAUCAAGAUGAAAAGAGAGAGAAUUACAGUCUGAGAAAUGAGAGUCCCAAACCCCCGGAAAGAAAAAUAUCACCUCAUAGUACUGAUUAUGUAUCAGGAGGCUUAGCUGGAAAAGUUUCAUCAUUCCAAUUCCCCCCUAAAUGCACAGAACCAGAGAAUCUGAUUGUGCUUUCUCAUUUUUCCCAAGGGCUAAAAUGUGCCCUUGCUUCUCCUCCUGUGUUGACUGCUCCAGUUAAUAGUCAUACAUCUGUGAUUCAGUCUGAGGUAUUCUCUGGCCCGGUAUCUCCAAUAAAAGAAUCCCAUCAAGUUCAGCCAGAUGCACUUUCCCCCUUAGAUCUUAGUAGUAACCGCGAUAGUUCAAAGCCUAACCAAGAGACUUCAAGCUCAAUUCCGUCUCAAGUUCACGCCCAACUUUUAGUUCAGGCAAACAAUUCAACAUCAACAUCGUUAAUUGUCCCAAAGUCUUCCCCUUUACAACCAUUCUCCACACUCUCCCCUGAGCAAGCUUCUUCGAAGUCAAACCUUUCGAACUUCUCUUUGCUUGAUCCUUCACAGCCCUUAUCUUCACAAUCCUCUAAGCUUAAUUCUUCACAGACAGUUUCUUCCCACCCUCUUAACCUUGCUCCUUCACAGCCAGUGUCUUCACCCACUCUUAACCUUGCUCCUUCACAGCCAGUGUCUUCAUACGCUCUUAACCUUGCUCCUUCACAGCCAGUGUCUUCAUACGCUCUUAACCUUGCUCCUUCACAGCCAGUGUCUUCACCCACUCUUAACCUUGCUCCUUCACAGCCAGUGUCUUCACCCACUCUUAACCUUGCUCCUUCACAGCCAGUGUCUUCACCCACUCUUAACCUUGCUCCUUCACAGCCAGUGUCUUCACACACUCUUAACCUUGCUCCUUCACAGCCAGUGUCUUUCCACUUCCCCAAAUUUGAUGAACAUCUUUCCCUUUCUUCCUCAAAAGAAUUUCCAGCCACAGUUUUUUCCGUAAAAUUUACAAACACUUCUGCUCCGUCUUCCAACUCUCGAAAUCGCAGAAAAGGAAAGGCGGUAAAAUUAGAUCGCCGCCAGUUUGUUAUCGAAGAUAAAUAUCCAGCUGAAAAUUUAAUGGAAUGUGAUAAGGAUGUGGAAGAUGAACAAAUCACGACGGCAGAAGCAUCAAGAAAAGUAUUUUCAAUGAAAUCUCCAGGCGACCUUAAUGUGAUCUCAGUACCUACUUACAAAGCUCCUGUUGUCAAUGCUCUUCAGCGAAAAGUGUUAGAAAGGGAACAUCUCUCCCAUAUCGAUCCAGUAAGUGUCUCGACAGAAACUACUAGAAUAAGUAAGCCUGCUCCUCAAUUGAUAGUGGCCAACCCUAUGAGUGUGACCAGGAUGCCAGAUCAGUCCAGUGCGCUUCCCAACCAGAUGUCGUCUCUCUUUCUUAGAUGUAACGGGUUAAACACAACGCACAAUGAUAAUGUGAUAAUUUCUAAAGGAUACUACCCCAGUUUUAUAUGUCAUGGUCUGACCACAGACGGUACCACGCAAGAGAGACCUAUCUAUUCCCCAUCUCAAUCUUCCUUGCCUCUUAGACAAAACGGGACUGAAACCAAGAAAACUCCUAGUCCCAAAAAUGAAGAAGAGAAGUCAAAAUGGCAAGACGCUUACACUUGUAGCUACUGCGAUAUGGCGUUUAUAGAUUGUAUCAUGUAUACCAUGCACAUGGGUUACCAUGGUUACCAAGACCCUUUCACUUGUAACAUGUGUGGCCAACAAAACAAAGAUAAAGUCUCCUUUUUUUUACACAUUGCUCGAGUUGCUCACCAAUGAAACUUCAAACUAUUGGUGUUCUGACAGAGAAACUGUUAAGUGUGGCCUUUGUACCAACGUAUCUGGUAUGAAUAUAUAAUAUCUCUUUUAAGCCUACCUCAUUUUUGUGUGAUGUUUGUUUUUCGUGGAACAAAGUUUUGACCAGAAAGUAUAUCGUUGUGAAACCUAGCUUUUAAUGUUUUUAAUGUAUCAUCGAAGUUGAAUAAAUAGAAGUAAAACGUGUUGUGCGCU